AUGUCUGUCCUCAAGAAGCUGACCAAGAAGACAAAUACUGGGGGCAGUGACUCCCCCAGAGCCAGUUCAGAAUUCUCGCCUGUCUCGCAAAGCCCCGGCCCUCCCCGCCGUUCUCUAGCACAUUUCUUGCAUCUGGGCGAAAAGGACUACACCUCCAGCGAGAACGACUCCGACUUGAGCGACUUGGAUAGCGAUGGACUGAGCAAAAACGCGCAGAAAAGGGCCCUUAUCAAACAAAGAAAGCAUGAACAACGUUCAAGGCUGAGCCUCGAACAUCGAGAUGACUCUUCCGAACGCGCAAAACAGAGGUUGGAAGAAGCCGCGAAGACCGAGACUGAAGAGAUGAAGGCUCGCUAUGGAGACCUGCCGUUGAUGCAGUCGACCACUCGCAACACUACCCAUCGCAUUGACCUCAAUACCGUCACUGAAGAGAUGCAGGGCCAGGAGAUCGCCUUCCGCUGCAGACUGCACAAUGUCCGGAGAAUGGGUGCCAGGCUGGUCUUUCUCGUUUUCCGACAACAACUGUCUACUAUCCAAGGCGUCCUUGUCGAACAGCCAGGCAAGAUCUCUGCACUCAUGGUUCAUUGGGCGGAGCAUUUGCGCACCGGCAACGUGAUGCUCGUCAAAGGAGUUCUGCAGAAGCCAGAGAUUCCUGUAAAGUCGGCUUCCAUUCACGAUUUGGAGGUCAAGGUGACCUAUUUGCACAUUAUUGUCAAGCGAGAUGAACCUGUGCCGUUCUCCGUCCAAGAGGCAGAACUGACCAUCUCCGAUGACGAGCACCCGAUUGAAGGCCGUCACACUUUGAUCCCUGACCGUACCAGGCUGGCUAACCGUAUUAUGGAUUUGCGGACUGCCACUUCCCAAUCGAUCUUCCGCAUCCAAGCCGGUGUGGGAAAUAUCUUCCGCACUAGUCUUGACGACCUACGCUUUGUGGAGAUCCAUACCCCCAAACUUCAGGGUGCUGCCACAGAAUCCGGCGCGUCUGUGUUCAAAGUCAACUACUUCGGACGCCCUGCUUUCCUUGCCCAGUCUCCUCAGCUUGCCAAACAGAUGGCUAUCGCCUCUGACUUUGAACGCGUUUACGAAAUCGGUGCUGUCUUCCGAGCCGAGAAUUCAAACACUCAUCGUCACUUGACAGAGUAUACUGGCCUCGAUCUGGAGAUGGCUAUUGAAGAGCACUACCAUGAGAUGAUGGACGUCAUUGACAACACUCUCAAGACCAUUUUCAAGGGAGUAUACACCAAGUAUCGCCGAGAAGUUGAGAUUGUCAAAGAGCAAUUCCCUAGUGAGGAUCUUGUCUGGCUCGAAGAAACGCCUAGAAUUCCCUUCAAGGAUGCGGUACAACUCUUGAAUGAUUCAGGCUGGCUGAAUGAAGACGGAGAGCCGGUCUCCCCUCUGGAAGAUCUGGCCACUCGAGAUGAGAUCCGGCUCGGUGAGGUCAUGAAGGAGAAGUACAAGACCGACUACUACAUCUUGGACAAAUUCCCGAGAUCGGCUCGACCUUUCUACACCAUGCCAGACGCGGAAGAUCCAAGAUUCACCAACUCCUUUGAUGUCUUCGUCAGAGGCCAAGAGAUCAUCUCUGGAGGCCAGCGUAUCCACGAGGCAACCAUGCUCGAGGACAAUAUGCGCCUAGUCGGCAUUGACCCCGAUGACAUGGCUGAGUACAUGGAAGGCUUCAAAUGGGGAGCCCCUCCACAUGCAGGGUGUGGUGUCGGCCUUGAACGUAUCGUGAUGCUCAUUCUCAAGCUCGGAAACAUUCGGUUGGCCUCGUUGUUCCACCGUGACCCUAAAUCAUUCCCGCUGAAGCCUGUGGUCGAGAAACUCCGACACCCGGAAGCCGAUACCCUCCACCCCAUUUGGCGCAGAGAACGUGGGCGCGAGAUUGCCGUCGAGGAUCGGCAGAUGCCAGAUCUUUUCGACCUCGUUGCCAACUAUGGUGAUGCCACGGCGACCUCAUGGGGCGACGCAAGGUACAAGAUCUGGCGUCACGCAGAUACUGGCGCUGCAGUGUCUUACGUGCCGGUUGGCCAUUACGCCAUCCUACCUGGGGACCCUCUUUGCGCCCCUAGUCAGUACUACCGUGUUGUUGUGGCCUUCCUUCAGUGGCUGAAGAAGGAGACUCACCUGAAACCAAUCUGGAUCCUGAUCGGGCCAGAAAUGGAGGAAGUUCUCGGCGAGCGAUUGGGCUGGAAGACACUUUCUUGUGUCGCCGAGGAACGUGUGGAUCCUCACAAGAAAACCGCCGAAUCGGACCCUGAAGUCGCCAGGAAGAUUCGAAAGGCUCAGGCCGAGGGUGUGAAGAUCACCGACUUGGAUCACAAACAUCCGGUCCCGGAAAGUAUCAAGCAACGUGCAAAUGCGAGAGUCAAGGAUUGGCUCGCGAAUCGCAAAGGUGCCCAGAUCCAUCUUUCCAAUAUCGAUCUAUUCCGAGACGAGAAGCACAGGCAUUACUACAUCGCCGAGGAUAAAGAGGGUACCCUCUGCGGUAUCGCAGUCAUGGCUGAGAUCGCCCCCAGUCGGGGUUGGCAAGCGAAGUACACCCUGGACUUCCCAGGAGCACCAUCCGGUACGAUCGAGUACGUUACCACUCACGCCUUGAACGCGGCUGCCAACGCUGGCAUCAAAUCCGUCACCUUCGGCGGUGGCGCCGCUGCUCAUCUGACUCCAGGUCAUCACAUGAGCGGGGCCAAGGUCAAGGUUUUGUCAGCCACGUACGAUGCCAUUAUCAAACAGUUCAAUUUGAUCAGGAAGUCGGAGUUCAGAGAAAAGAUGGGUGCCGUGGCCGACCCCUUGUGGAUUGCCUACCCACCUCAUGGCCUUGGGUCCAGGGGCAUCAAAGCAAUCAUGCGGUAA